AUGGAAAACGAUCUUCCGCCUACAGGCCAUGCUGCGACACUGCCGUCACAGGUGCCCCCCGGAGCUGGAAAGGUAACUGUGUCAUGCCUGCGAUGUCGGUCCCAGAAGCUGAAGUGUAAUCGCGAGCUACCCUCGUGCGUGCGGUGUCGUCAGCAUGGAGCCGCCUGCCAUUACCCUUCAGCCCCUGACCGCAGACGCAUUGCACAGAAGACGAGUCAGGCUAGGGCGAGGGCAAAGCAAAGGGCAAAUGCUUUGCUGCGGGAUGGUGGUGAUGAGAUUGUUGGUCCGUCCGAAUCUUCUAUCGUCAACAAAUCGAACAACAGGCGCCAUGCCAAUGUGUUCAGUAAAGAAGACAGUCAUGACGCUUCUCCCAACUCUGACAAUCCUAUCGACGUUGAGACAACCGAUUUGCCUUCUACAGAGGUUGGACUACUGCUCUUAGAAAUAUAUUUCAAGCAAGUCUACAACUCGACAUUACUAUUUCAUAAAACAGUGACUUUUCAACUCUACCUGCAGAAUGAUUUACCAGACUAUCUGCUGCGUGCUAUUUACGCCCAUGCAGCCAUUUUCCUAGAGCAAUUUGAUACACCAUACAAAGAGUACAUCAGGAUACUGCCCGUGCAGACCCUUUUGCAAAAGUCGUGGUCGUGGGCGCGUUCCGCGAGCCAGCAAGUCCUCUCCUACGCUGAUGAGCCCACGCUCGUGAUUAUCCAGACGCUUCAAGUACUGCAGUUUUAUUAUUUCUCGCGCAACGAGACUCAACGUGCCGUCAUUCAUGCUUCUCUGGCGUACCGAUUAAAUCCCCUCCUGGGAUACGAUAGGUUGCUCGACGACGUUUCAUCUUCUUCAUCAGCCAAUUGCAACAUACAGUUCGACCACGAGAUGAAGAGACGAUGCUUUUGGGCUAGUUGGUGCACUUUGUGUAUUGGUGGAUCGCGGUUAGAACCCUCCAGCACAUGGGACAACGUUGCGGGUUUGCCGCUACCGGCAAAAUUUGAGAAAAGGAAGCCAGGGCUAGGCGUAGAGCUCAUGCUCGGCCAGAAGAUGGACGGUGCCUGGGAAACGAGUUCUCGGACUAUUCUGAUAGAUGGAACCCAAUCUGAGCAGUUUCCAGGCUCAUUAAUGGCAGAACUCGUCAAAAUUUUGCGGGUUUGGGCCAAAGUUCAGGAAUUCUUGGCUGAAUCCCAUUCGCAUCAUGACACUCAAAGAAUGAACCAACGCAGCUCGUUCUUCGAUAUCCUCGAGCUUAUUGAGCACCAUAUCGACUGGCCGUUCAUCGACCUCUGCGCCCGGGCAGAAUCGUACAACGAGAGCAUUGAGCUCAUUACCAAUAUCUACUCUGUUUACUUCGUCAGCCGACUGCUUUUGCAUGCCUCUAUGGUUCCGAUUCUCUCAGGUUGUUCUGGGUGCCUGCGAUGUUCAAGAGAACCGACUCCGAACAACGCUGAUAUAGUUCUCGAGCAGGCCACUGCAUUUGCGAGGCUUUUGCGCCAAUUUAUUAGAAAUAAUUUAGACAUAACGAGGCUAUGGCCCUUUCUCGGUUAUGGAGCUUUCAUGGCAGGCAGCGUGUUUGUGGUGUAUAAGAAUAACGUGCAGUCUGCAAGGUCUACGAAUCAAUCAUUACACACCCCAGGUAUGGAUUCGGAUGAGAUGAGCUCCGUCCGGACGGUGCUGGAAGUUUUGAGCCUCUACUGGAAGCCAUUGCGCGUCAUGGCGGUGAAGCUGAAUGAAUCAAUUGAAAUGGGUCAACAUGCAGUCCUAGACUCUAUCACCUCGCCCAUGUACCCUUGGUAUACUCCAUCUCAUCCCAACCACACCGCGGAAAAACGAACAACCCACUACCGUUACGAUAGUGCCGUACCCAAGACUCUAUCACUUCGAGGCGUAAACGAGUCUGGUAGCAUACAUGAUGAUUCUUACCCUGCUGUCCUAGAUGACGGACAUGUUUCCUCACUACGAAAAGCCGAUACAGAAAAUCAUCUUUUACAUACUCUACAUUAUGGAUUUCAGUCAGGGUUUCACAACACCUUUUUGGAACACGAUGAUGCAGAGAUUCUAGAUUUAAAUUGGUGGGGCAUCACGCCCACGGCAAAUGCGUCGGGAUUUCCUCGGCCUUUGGGCGAGGUGCCUCAAGAAACCCAAUAA